AUGAAAACUGUGUGGAUAUUUUUUCUCAUAACCGGAUGUUGUUGUGGUCUAUGGACCGGCACAUACGGUAAGACACCACCCGAAUCGGUGCAACGUAUUGCCCAUCUGCUGCCCGAAGAUUUGGGUGAAUCGCCACCCAAAGUAUUGAUAGCCUUGCUGGUGCGUAAUAAGGCUCAUGUCCUGCCGCUGUUUCUUACCUAUUUGGAUCAAUUGGAUUAUCCCAAGGAUCGCAUUGCAUUGUGGAUUCGUUCCGAUCACAAUACAGAUGCCAGCGUGGAAAUAUUAGAAACAUGGUUGAAAAAUGUGAAACGCCAAUAUCACAGCGUGGACAAAGUAUUCAAUGACACGGAGACAAGUUUUGAAAACGAAAAGUCGGUAUUGGAUUGGCCCGAAGCACGUUUUCAUCAUCUUAUCAAAUUGAAAGAAGAAGCAUUUGUGUACGCAGAAAAAAUCUGGGCUGAUUAUAUAUUUUAUUUGGAUGCUGAUGUCUUGCUGACUGAACCCCGUACCCUUAAACAUUUAACCGAAUUGAAUUUACCCAUUGUCGCACCCAUGCUCUUAUCAGAGGGUCUGUAUUCAAAUUUCUGGUGUGGCAUGACCCCUGACUAUUAUUACUUACGUACUGAUAUGUAUCGGGAGAUUUAUAAUGUCCAUCAAGAGGGUAUCUUUCAAGUGCCCAUGAUCCAUAGUGCAGUUUUGAUAAAUGUCAAUUAUAAUGGCGCACCAUAUUUGACAUUCGAUCGUGAUAAUUUGAGAACACAACUGCAGAAUGGUUUGGAAUAUGCUGCAAGUUUGGGUGAACAGUGUCGUUUGUAUGAUGGCCCUGUCGAUGAUAUUAUUGUUUUUGCCAUAUCGGCAAAUUGUUCAAGAAUACCGUUGUUCAUAACGAAUGAAGUGCCAUUUGGUUAUAUUUUACAACCAUUGGAAAAUACCGAACAACUGGAACAGGAUUAUAAGCAGUUGCAGAAUAUCAAAACGAAUAUUAUAAAUGAUUUGGGCAAGGUGGCUGAGGUUAAGGACUAUUUGAAGCCCUUCGAAAGGAAAGAGGAAAAAGACAAACUUGGCUUAGACCACAUCUAUAUGAUCAACCUUGAACGUCGCCCUGAAAGACGUGAUAAAAUGUUGAAACUUUUCGAUGCCCUAAAUCUGGAUGUUGAAUAUUUCCCAGCUGUGGAUGGAAAGCGCCUUACCCCCGAAAUGAUCAAGGAGCUCGGUAUUAAAUUUCUGCCCGGCUAUGAGGAUCCCUAUCAUCAAAGGCCCAUGACUCUGGGUGAAAUUGGUUGCUUCUUGAGCCACUACAAUAUUUGGCAAACCAUGGUUGAGAAACAACAAAAGGAGGUAUUGAUUCUAGAGGAUGAUAUACGCUUCGAAGCGUAUUUCCGCGAGAAGGCUUUGGGUGUUAUGGAACAAGUACGCAAGGUUAUCGAUUAUGAUUUGGUUUACUUUGGCCGCAAACGCCUAAAGGAUGAGGUUGAGCCUUGGGUUGAAAACACCGAAAAUUUGGUACAUGUUGGCUAUUCCUAUUGGACAUUGGGUUAUGUCCUAUCCCUAAAAGGUGCCGAGAAAUUGUUGAAAGCCAAACCAUUGGAAAAACUCUUGCCUGUAGAUGAAUUCCUACCCAUUAUGUUUAAUAGACAUCCGAAUAAAACUUGGUCCGAAGCAUUCCCUGAACGUGAUCUAUUGGCAUUUAGUGCUGCACCUUUGUUGCUAUAUCCUACACACUAUACUGGAGAUUAUGGUUAUAUUUCCGAUACAGAAGAUUCCUAUGUUAUUGAGGCACAUCAAAAGAACAAGUCACCAUCUGCCGCCCAAUUGAAAAGUGAUCCAGAAAGGGCUUUCUUGGCUGAACCACGACUCGAUAAUAAAAAUGUCGAUUUACCCGAGCCACAAUUAGAAGCGGCAGCAACACGUGAUGAAUUUUAA